UACAACAGGACUGUGAAGAAAACAGAAAGCUUUUAAAUUGUUGACACAAAAGCUGGACUAUCGGUCAUACUAAACAAUAUGAUAAAGUAGCCCGAUACUGGUAAUCUACAACAGAAAAACAAAAACCCGACAGAUAGAUAUGGUGUAUAUAAGCAAAAAUGCAGAAGGACAUAAUUGACUGACUUUACUUGGGUAUAACUUAAUCAACGAAAUCAAAGUUAUAUCUGCACCAGCAUCGUCGUUUCUACCGACAAAAUAGACGUGAAAGGAUAUAUGAAACGGAUUUAUCACGUAAGUAACUGGUGAAAGGAGAACUAACAACAUGGUGCAUGUUUCACAAACUGUCGUUUCGAUGCGGCAGCAGGACGAUGCUUCAUUUGGUUCGUACGUUUCGGCAAAUAGGAGCACACCUUCUACAUUAUCUACAUUCCCUCGUUUAGCGAUGACAUCUUUAUUACCAGGACAUAUCAGUUCAUUAUAUUUGAAUUCUCGACACGAAGACGAGGUGGCUUCCUCUGGUGUGUUAUCCAACGAAAUGAUUCCCUACAGCGUACAACCUUACGAUUUCAUUCGACAGCUUUUAACGUCACAAAACAUGGUUUCUAAAAUACUAGGAAGGUACUACGAAACAGGAUCUUUGAGGCAGGGAAUUGUAGGCGGAAGCAAGCCGAAAGUGGCAACACCUGUAGUAGUGGCACAAAUUGAAAAAUAUAAGAGGGAAAACCCGACCAUUUUUGCCUGGGAGAUAAGAGAACGUCUAAUAUCAGAAGGUGUUUGCGUCAAUAACACAGCACCUAGUGUGAGUUCCAUUAAUCGUAUACUAAGAAACAGAGCAGUUGAACGAGCCACGGCUGAAUUUGCAAGAGCUGCAGGGUAUGGUCUCUAUAACCCUUACACUGCUGUUUAUCCUUGGGGUGCUGCGACCACUGCGUCCUCGUCACGUGUCUGGUCAGGAAACUACCCUGGCACCUCAGUGGCGAUUAGGAAAGAGCCCACCAACGUAUCUUGUAUUAGUCCAGGUCGUGAACAUUUGGGAUUGGAAACGGACGAAGCAUCGUCUAAUGAAAUGAGAGAUCGGCUCAGUUUCCGUCGGAACAGGACUACGUUUAGUCCAGAACAGUUGGAGCUAUUGGAAGAGGAAUUUGAGAAGACUCACUAUCCUUGCGUUAGUACUCGAGAGCAACUCGCGGCCAAGACAAAUCUCUCCGAGGCUAGAGUCCAGGUGUGGUUUUCUAAUAGGAGAGCGAAGUGGAGACGACACCAACGAAUGAAUAUGAUGAAACCCCUAAACGAAACCGAAGUCUCGUCACCAGAGUCCGUUUCCCUCUCACCAGAACCAACAGUGCCUUCUAGUCAAGGCCCUAAACCCAGUGAAAAUGUGCCUUUAAUGGGUGGUAAAAACUCAGCUUUCUCUCCAGCGACAUCAUUCUCUAAACAGACACUUUUUACGUCUUCCGCGCUUGUUAUACAAUAACUGUCUUUUACAACAAUAGUUUACGUCAUAAAAGCAAAUAAUUUUAAU